UCACCUUACUCUCACUCACUCGCCACCAGUCCCCGAGGGUCACUCGUGCACGCCGUACGCGUCGCCGCCGGGCCGGUACGCCUCGGGCACGCGGUACGCGGCCGGCUGCGGGCGCGCGCGCUCGUGCCACGCCAGGCACUUGCGGUACGCGGCGAGCGGCGCCGCGCAAUCCGCGAGGCCUCGCGCGCCGGCGGCGGCGUCCUGCGUCGCGCGAAAAGCGUGACGCGUUCACACGCCUUAUGUUUUUGGACGCUGCGACCGCACUGCGACGUCCUUUUGCAUGCCUGCUGCCGUAAAACAGUCAAAGAACUUCUGCGAGGGCUUCUCGCAGCCCUUGGGGGCCAGGGGGAAGCCGUCUGGCAGCGUCAGCUCCGCAUCGCUGCUCGAAGCCAUCUAAAUCAAUCGAGCGCUUGUGGAUGGCAGUAUGACGACGUAAGCACAGAUAGAUGCACAGUCACACCACUAGCUCAGUACAGAGAGCAG